UUCAGGUUGCCGGCAGCAUCACCAGCAUAUCCAGUAUUACCAUGAAGCUGUACGUUUGCGUUUCGCUAGCCCUUUUGGCCAUCGCGGCCCCAGUUCCCUCGGACGCCCUCCUGGGCGCCAAGUUGGCCCUGCUCAAGGCCAUUGGCGGUGGUCUGGGUGGCGGCAGCUCCGGCGGCGGUGGCUACUCCAGCGGCGGUGGUGGUGGCUAUAGUGGCGGCUAUGGCAGCGGUGGCUACUCCGGAGGAUACAACCAGGGCUACUACAGCCAGCCCAGCCGUCCGGUGUACAAUUCUGGAUAUGGCAGCUCCUCCUCCUCGUCAUCCGCCAGCAGCAGCAGCUAUGGAGGCGGCUAUGGAGGUGGUUAUGGCGGUGGCUAUGGAGGCGGCUAUGGCGGUGGCGAGCAGGUCAUCAAGGUCAUCAAGGUGGUGGAGCAGCCCUCUUACGAUUACGGACGUUCGGCCGGCUAUGGUGGCAACUAUGGAGGCUACUCUUCGAGUGCUUCUUCCAGCGCCAGUGCCAGCUCCUACUCCGCUCCUGCUCCAGUGAGUUACUCUGCACCAGCUCCCGCUGUGAGCUACUCCGCUCCUGCUCCCGCUGUGACUUACUCCGCUCCUGCUCCCGCUGUGACUUACUCUGCUCCAGCUCCCGCUGUGACCUACUCCGCUCCUGCUCCCGCAGUGACCUACUCCGCUCCUGCUCCCGCUCCUGUGACCUACUCUGCUCCCGCUCCAGUGGUGCGUGUUCAGGCUGCUCCCGCUGUGACCUACUCCGCUCCAGCUCCCGCUCCGGUGACUUACUCCGCUCCUGCUCCCGUGACCUACUCUGCUCCCGCUGUCAGCUAUUCCGCCCCUGCUCCCGCUCCCGUGGUUCGCAUCCAGGCCGCUCCCGCUGUGUCCUAUUCCGCCCCGGCGCCAGUGGUGCGCUACGCGGCCCCAGCUCCGGCGCCCAUCAGCUACGCCCCCGCACCCGCUCCCGUCUCCUACGCCCCGCAGCCGCAGAGCCAACAGGUGGUGAAGACCAUCAAGCUGAUUGUCGAUGAGGACCGUGCCCCCGCCCAGGUGUACGGACCACCGGCCGUUCAGUCCGGCUACUCCAGUGCCUCCUCCUCCGCUUCCGCAUCCUCCGGAUCAAGUGGUGGCUACGAUGGUGGCUACAACACUGGCUACAACGGAGGCUACAACGGUGGCUACAACGGUGGCUACAAUGGUGGCUCCAAUGCUGGCUUCUCUGGCGGAUUCAAUGGCGGCUGGAAGCGUGGCGGCAUUUUCGAGAAGCUGGUGGGCUGCUAGGUCGUGGAACCCUUGCAGAUCUAUGCCACUUGGGGGAUCCAGAACUCCAUCCUAACCUAACCGUACUCAACUAUUUUUUUUCUAGUUCUAAAGCGAAUAAUUGUAUUUUUUUUGUUCGAUCGAUGUGUACAUAAAAUA